AUUUAUAUCUAUUUUUAUACAGCUGUCGCGUAAAGAGCACCCAAGCAGAAAGCGCGUACGCUUUCGCUUUUCCAUCUUCGCGGUAAAAUCACCUAAACGCCCAAAACUCAAAACUGAAAGCUUACACAGAUCUUAGGCCGCCUCCUCCAUUUCCGUUUCUCUUCCUUUUCCAGAUUCAACAAAAAAUUAAAAUAAAAAUAAAAUAAAAUAAUCUAACCUCUCUUUUACACGAAGAACCUAAAUUACCAAAACGUUAUCAUCCAAUAUUUGCCAGAAAAGCCAUUUUGGAAAUCAUUUUCUCGCUGUUAUUGGUAUCAAUCCAUUUUUGCUUUACUGGAUUUGCUGCUGAAGCUAAUCUCUCUUCACAGAUUCUUUCCUAUUUUAGGGUUUCCUGAAUCCGAUGAACCUUUUUCCGUCUGCCAAUUCCAUCAUGUAUAUUAGUUAAUCCAUCAAAUGGCAUCUAUUCGUCGAACGCUACCACCGGCGGCAUAUCACGACCAGACUUAUCAAAACGGCAUUGCUUCCACCAACUCUCCACUGUCAGUCGCUGCCCCAUCUCACAAGUUUGUUACCAGCAACGCCACUAAGUCCUCUCCAUUUACCUCCACUGCCGCUCCGUUCUUCAGUUUCAACGCCGUUCCUUUUUGCCGGUUCCUCUCCGCCGUUUUUCUUCAGAAACGGAAAGGAUUUCGCAGAUCUUUUUACAGAUGCUUGAUAUUCUUUAUUGUAGGCUGCUUGUUAGGUAUUUUUCUGUUUGGUCAUGUGGAAAAUGAUGUCCGGAAUCAUGAUUUCUCCUUUGAGAUCAAGUCGCCGCAUGUCAAUGUUCAAUUAGAUGACGGCGAUAAUCGCAGUAUUGAACAGGAUGUUUUUGCUCUAAAUACUGUGAGUUUGGGGGUUGAUACGCAACUGAACUACGUUUCCAGAUUUGAUUUUGUCCCGAGGAAGCAGUUAAUCGUGAUUACACCGACGUAUAAUCGUGCUCUACAGGCCUAUUUUUUGAAUAGAUUAGGGCAGGUGCUCAGGCUAGUACAGCCUCCGGUUUUGUGGAUUGUGGUGGAAAUGAAGGCGGCGUCGAUGGAGACAGCAGACAUUCUGAGGAAAACAGGAGUAAUAUAUAGGCAUGUGGUGUGCGAGAGGAAUUCGACCACUGAGAAAGACAGAGGUGUACACCAGAGGAAUGCAGCGUUGGAGCACAUAGAGAAGCAUAGGCUCGAUGGGAUUGUUUACUUCGCUGAUGAUGAUAAUGUUUAUUCGCUUGAAUUGUUUGAAAGCCUGAGAGAAAUCAGCCGCUUUGGCACUUGGCCUGUUGCAAUGCUAGCACAAAGUAAAAACAAAGCAAUUUUAGAAGGCCCAGUAUGCAACCAAAGUCGGGUAGUUGGAUGGCAUACCAAUGAAAAAAGUAAAAGACUCCGAAGGUUUCAUGUUGAUAUGUCAGGGUUUGCCUUCAACAGCACUAUCUUGUGGGACCCAAAGAGAUGGCAGCGUCACUCUUCAAGUCCAAUUCGGCAGCUAGACACAGUGAAGGAGGGUUUCCAAGAGACCACAUUUAUAGAGCAAGUGGUAGAAGAUGAAAGUCAAAUGGAAGGUGCUCCUGCUGGCUGUUCGAGGAUACUGAAUUGGCAUCUUCAUUUGGAUGCUCAAGGUCUUCUCUAUCCCAGAGGUUGGCUGUUUCAGAAGAACCUUGAUGUCGUUCUCCCUGUCAAAUGAUAGAAGCGUGACAUUGCAAUUGGAUGCUAAGAGCUCAAGACAGGUUUGUGUUUCAUGUAUAAUGAAUUUUUUGUCUAAAAUUUUGACGAUCAGAGUUUAACCUUAUACAAAGGGAAGGUUAGUCUUAAUGGUGAAGAUCAAUUUUAUGGAUAAAUAAGUGUUGAACUUUUGAAGGAACAAGUUGAAAAGAAUAGAUAUGCACGAAUCCUACGAAGGCACUCUGAAUUUCUUUUCUGCUGAUUGUAUUCUGGUGAUAGAUAAAAUUCCAUCUAUCAUUCAAUAGAUGUACUCACUCGUUUUUUUUUCCCACUUAACAGUUGUGCCCUUGUUUUAUGUGGGUAGCUAGCUGUGUACUAUCUAAGGGGACGCUUCUUCUCAACCUAUUCUUUGUAUGUGAUUGUAUUUUUUUCAUCAGAAUUAAGGCAACUUGUCCAAAA